AUGCCUGCCAAGAAAUAUCCCCAGGGUAAGGUGAAAACCGGGCCAAGCAGGGACGCCUGCACAGCUGGUGCACAAGGGCACGUAUCCAGCGACAAUGUGUCUGGUAGGAGGGCAGGCUUGAAUGAUGACAAGAAAAAACCAAUGAGAGAAGGCACAUUCACGACGGAUGCUGAGAAAGACCAGUCAGAAUUAUUUAAAGACGAGCUUCGAAAUCAGGUGAGCAACCUAGAGCGUCGUCUGCAGCAGUUGGAGGUUGAACGGGUUAGGAAUGAGAAAGAGCAAGAGAACCGUCGUCUGGAGGAGCAGCGAGUGCGAAUGCAGCUUGAGUAUGAGGAGGAGAAGAAGAAGAUUAAGGCUAGAGAGGAGGAGUUGAACAACCGAGAACGUCAUCUGCAGCAGUUGGAGAAAGAAAGGGUGAGGAAAGAGGAGCGAGAGAAACAUCGUCUAGAAGAGCAGCGAGUGAGUAUGCAGCUCGAGUAUGAAGAGGCACAGAAGAAGAUUAAGGCUAGAGAGGCAGAGGUACUAAAGCGUCAAGAAGACGAAAGGAAGAAGGAAGCAGAACAGAAGCGGCGAGAAGCAGAUGACGAGAAAUCGAGAAAGCAGCAGGAACAGAUGGAGCGGAAAAGAAGGGAGCUGGAACAGGGCCUCAAACCAUAUACUGCAUCCAGUGAGGGGGCAAGCUGGAAUUCAGCAGGCAACCUGCAUUACAGGGAGUCCACAGAGAAACAAGACUACCAUAAUGAGAAACCUGAGUGGUUAAAACUUCAGUCCACAAGGUCCGUGCAGGGGAAUCCAGACAAGGUAUUCACUGUCCAGUGGAAGUCUACCAUCAAUGUGAAAAUUCAAAGUGAUACAAGCCAGUGCCAUAUCACAGCCAUCUGUGUUCUCCCAGAUGGGCAGGUCCUGGUUGCAGACUGCAGUAAUAAGAAAGUCAAGCUGCUGGACCAGCAGUACCAGGUGUUUAGUCACUGUGGUGUGACUAACCAAGUACUGGACAUGUGUCUCAUCACACCCAGUGAGGUUGCAGUGGCUGUGUAUGAUGAUAGUAAAAAACAUGAAGUCCAGUUUAUCACAGUCACACAGAGCAAGCUAGUUUCUGGCAGGAAGUUUCGGUUACAACAUGAAUGUAGGGGUAUUGCGCACUACCAGGGUGACCUGUUUAUCUGCUCUGGUGAAGCACUGUUCAAGUACACACUGAGUGGCAAACAGGUCUGCAGACUUUAUGAGGGUAUAUCAGUAUGGAAGUGUGCUGUGAGUCCCACAGGAGACAGGCUGUACAUCACCAGCUACUGGCAGCACAAGCUUCUCACCCUUGCCAGGGAUGGCACACUCCUGGCUACAUACACAGACCCAGCACUAGAGUGGCCGCGUGGUCUACAUGUGACCCCUGCAGGCCAGGUGCUGGUCUGUGGAUACUGGUCCGACACUGUACAACAGGUGGGCUGGGAGGGGCAGAGUAAGCUGGCUAAUCUUGCUACUCAUGAGGAUGGACAACUGCUAAACACAGAAGACAACGGAGUAGUGAAAGGCUCAGCCAAAUCAAAGUCCAGCGAUGUGAGGGUGACACAGCCUUUCCAUGUCCUUGUAUUGCAACAUGAAGGACAUUUUAGCUGA